AUGGUCAAAAGGUUUUUAAUAUGUCUCGUUCUUUAUGCACUUGUACUUGGAUAUCAUUCUCGGAGAGUCUUGAUGCCUAAAAUUGAAAUCAAUAUGCUCUUAGAAGAAUUAUCAUCUCAAGAAGCCAAAGAUUUUUUGAAGAAAAAGUCGAAUAAUCAAACUUCAUCUUCUUCGAACUCCUCUCCAACAGAUUCUAUGAAUAAUUCCACAAUGUCAUCUUCAUCAGAAGACAUUGAUGAUUCAACGACAGAUCUGAUCAGUUCCGUUGUGUCUGUUCCACCGGAAAGUGUCAUUCCCGACUAUGACGCCACGGCUACCAGCAGCGAUCACAAAGAAUCAAUCCAACCGGAAACUUCGACGUCAUUAUCGAGGCCGAUGUUGCUCUCAGAGUUUGCUGAUCAUUUGGCGGGUGGUAUUCGACCAAAGAUAGAGACUACAACACAACCUCUACCAGAUUUCCCAACACCGAAGCCUUCAGUUUUUACAUCUCUUCCAGAUGAAACGUUUCCUUAUAUGGUCAACGAAGCAAAAGAUUUCAUUCGACGUUACCUGUCCCCAGAGCAGUGGAGAAAAUUGCGAAUACUUUUGAAAACUAUAAAAGAGGUCGGUGGCUCACGGACAGAUAUUCAUCGAGCUGCAACAGUUUUCAUUUCAAAAGUGAUUUCUAAAGCGGAAAUGGCAGAAAUCACUGAACGGAAGCAGGCAUUAUUUGAAACAUUCAACCGGCGAUAUUUCAAUAAAGUUAAUUGA